AUGGCCCCAAAAGCUUCAGGAUCCUCCUCGAAAAAGAAGAGCACUUCCAAGGGCACCGGUUCCGAUGAUUCGAAACCUUCAAAGGUCAAAAUACCGUCUACCUUUAUAACAAGGCCAUCAAUAAAGAAUGAUGAUCGGUCCAUCUGUACUGUCACUCUAAAUCCAGAGGUGAUGAAAGCUCUAGAAAUUGGAGCAUCAGGAAUGUGUAUCAUUUCCAGAGAGGGAGAAAAUGGCUGCGUUGCGAUAGUUAAGGAAGGUGAUGCCUCUCAUCCACCAAAUGUUGUCCAAAUUUCUGAGCCAUUGAGAUCUGUAGGCAACUUGGUUUUGGGUGAUCGUGUAGAGAUCAGAAAAGUUUCUGCUCAGCCAGAAUAUGCGACCAGCGUCGUUGUGGGCUCACUAGAGGGCGUUGAAAUACCUCACAGUGCAUCGAAACAUAUCGAAAAACUUCUAGAGGAUUGUGGUAUCAUAAUGCCAGGUAUGAUUUUCAAAGGACGCAUACUUGGUGAUGAUAUAGAACUUGAUUUGAUAAUUGUUGACAUAAAUGAACCUUCGGAUGACGAUUUACCUGAUAUGUCUAAAUUAAAAGUGACAGAAGAUGAUAGUGACAAAAGUUUAUUCUAUCUCUCACCGCCAGGAAUUUUCCGCAGAGGUUCAACAAAUGUCAAGUUGACCUCACAAAACAAACCUAAUCCAAAUUAUAACUUACCUGAAGCGUUGAACUACAACAGUGUUGGAGGUCUCUCGAAGGAAAUAAGUCUUCUCAAUAAAGCGAUUGAACUACCACUCCACCAGCCCACAUUAUUUGCAGAUUUUGGGGUUACACCCCCUCGUGGUAUUCUUCUGCAUGGCCCACCAGGUACGGGUAAAACAAUGCUUUUGAGAUGUGUUGCUAAUGAAGCAAAUGCUCAUGUCCUAACUAUCAAUGGCCCGUCUAUAGUCUCAAAAUACCUUGGUGAAACAGAAGCUGCCUUGAGAGACAUCUUCAACGAAGCCAGACAGUACCAACCUUCCAUCAUAUUUAUUGAUGAGAUUGACUCUUUAGCGCCUAGUAGAGCAAGUGACGACUCGGGUGAAGUAGAGAGUCGCGUUGUGGCGACCUUACUAACGCUAAUGGACGGAAUGGGUGGUGCUGGGCGUGUGGUUGUUGUGGCGGCCACAAACAGGCCAAACACUGUUGAUCCUGCAUUGAGAAGGCCGGGGAGAUUUGAUCAAGAGGUGGAAAUUGGAAUCCCAGAUGCUGAGGCAAGAGAGGAAAUUCUUUCGAAACAAUUUUACAAGAUGUCGAGUAGACGUCAUGAACUAACUUCUGAAGAUAUUCAUUUAAUAUCUUCAAAGACGCAUGGAUAUGUUGGUGCUGAUUUGAUUGCCUUGUGUAGGGAAUCUGUGAUGAAAACUCUUCAAAGAGGAACAACGAACAAUAUCGAUAGGGAUGAUUUGCGUGUAACCCUCAAAGACGUCGAAGAUGCAAUGGCAGAAAUUAGGCCCAGUGCUAUGAGAGAAAUUUUCCUGGAGAUGCCAAAAGUUUACUGGUCCGAUAUAGGAGGUCAGGAUGAGCUUAAACUUAAGAUCAAGGAAAUGGUCCAGUUGCCUCUAGAGGCUUCCGAGACUUUCUUGAAUCUAGGAGUUUCCGCUCCAAAGGGUGUCUUACUAUAUGGUCCACCAGGUUGCUCAAAGACUUUGACCGCAAAAGCACUGGCAACUGAAUCUGGGUUAAAUUUUCUGGCUGUGAAAGGUCCAGAAAUCUUCAACAAAUAUGUGGGUGAAUCUGAGAGGGCAAUCAGGGAGAUAUUUCGUAAGGCUCGAGCAGCCGCACCAAGUAUCAUUUUCUUCGAUGAGAUCGACGCCCUCUCACCUGAUAGGGAAUCUAGCAGUACUUCUGCUGCGAAUCAUGUUUUGACUUCAUUAUUAAAUGAAAUAGACGGUGUCGAAGAACUCAACGGAGUCGUCAUCGUUGCAGCGACAAACAGACCAGAUGAGAUCGAUCCUGCGUUGCUACGUCCGGGCAGAUUAGACCGCCAUAUAUUUGUAGGGCCACCCGACUUCGAAGCAAGAUUGCAAAUUUUAAGGAAAAAUACGCAAAAGUUCAACCUUGAAGACUCUGAAUCAAUCUUGAGAGAUCUCGCCAUAAAGACUGAAGGGUGCUCUGGUGCAGAGGUGGUGUUGUUGUGUCAAGAAGCAGGUCUUGCAGCGAUCAUGGAAGACUUGAACACAGCUACAGUAGCGACACGCCAUUUUGAAAAAGCACUUUCAGGAAUUUCCAGAGGUAUAACGCCAGAAAUGCUUAAUUAUUAUAGGGACUUUGACUCCAGAAGUGGCAUUUCAGCGUAG